AUGAAGCCUGACACAAUUACGCUCGGAGUCGCAGAUGCGGAAGAUGUGCGUCACCGAGACGAAAAGGAGGCUGAAAGUAAAUUUAAUGCGAAGCAGGAAGACGCGAUUCGCUUUCAACGGCAAGCAGCAGAAUUCGAAAAGCGAGAACAAGUGGCUCGGCAGAGACUCCUGAAUCAACUCGCUGAGAGAGAAAAAGAUCUCGACGCCAAGGCUCAAGAUGCAGCCGUGCGCGACAAAGAGAGACAGGACCACCUCAACAAGACACUCCGAGCAGCGGAGUACAAACUCCAAGCGGCGUUGAGCGUUCGCAAAGGCGAGUUGAAAACCACCUACGGCUCUCUCGGCCACGACAGGGCGUACACGCGCUUUGCGACGGAGCAGAAAAUCCCCGAAAAGAAGGCCUUUAUCGGGAAGAAGUACAAGGUCGACUGGGCGCACGCGCCUCAGCCUCUUCGUCUUCACGUGGAUGCAUGCCGAGCUGUCAAAGACAAACUCCCUCAAGGCCAAUACGUCAUCAUGGCUUCGGUGUGGAAUAGACUGGGCGGGCACCGCCUUCAGUGGUCGUCUCUGCAGAAUCUGGAAGACCACGAGCAAGACUCGAAGAAGAAGUCAGUCUUGAGACAAGUGACGGACUUGCUGGACGACAGCAAGCGAAGGGCGAAGGAGCUUUCUGGCGUCAUCAGCACUUCCAGUGCAGUCACGGCCCCUGUCGCACAUUCAGGGCUCUGGUACACCGACGUUCUACGAUUCGACCAGACGAUCUACUUGGCCUGCCCGCCAGAGAAAGAUAUCACGCCGUCCAUGUGCCUCGUUCUUGAACUCUACUUCCUCAGAGGAAGUGUCUCUCCAGUCGACAAGGUUGUUGCGUGGGGAGCCUUCCCCCUCGUGGAUUCCGAUUUCAAACUCAUCUCCGGAUGCUUCAAGGUUCCCCUGAUUCGCGGGCAUACCGACCCGUCGGUGACCAUGUACGCACAGUACGAGAAGCUGUACAGAGAAGACAUUCAGACGUGGAUCGGCAACCUGUACUUUCGCUGUGACCGCAUGCCCAAGUAUUCCGCGGGCCAGCUCGAGUUCGAGGUUCUCCUGAACUACACCGGAAAUCUGCUAGGUGUAAAAAGGAGACAGCAAAAGCCGGAAGAGACAAGCAAUGAACUCCGCGAAAAGGCUGAACGAACAGUCGAAGAACUGCGGCAGGCGCUCAACGAGCCUCACGAGGUCUUCCCUGUGACUUCCGGGCACACCUUGGUGCGGAACAACGAACUGUCCAGGAAAGCAAAGUACAUUUCAGACGAGCUGCUGGGCGACUUUGUGCUCUCGACCGACGUCCGAGAAUUAGGCCUUUGCGCGUUUGCGGCCAUCCUGUUUUUGUUGGCUUUCUGGGUGCGGAUCUUCGUCCACUACUUUGGGCAGUGGAUCGUGCUCUCGGCCUUCCGAGUGCCGGUUUACCAACUCGAUGUCUCCUUCGUCAUCAUCUACGUCAGAUACGUUCAGGACUUGCUAACUGCCGACAAAGAAGCGGCGGUGGUUUUGUCCGGACCGCUCAUGUCCUACUCCGUUUUCCUCCUCAUGAGUCUUCUCCUCGUCCUCUCGCAACGCAGCUUUGGAAGACUGCCUUCCCUCGUUUACAGAUUCGUGCCGGCGUACGGUCUUGCAGUGAUUCUCGAUCCGGAAGUGAACUUGAUCAUCGACGCGAUCGCGGGGAAUUCGACAGGCGACGCAUUCAAGCUGUACAACCUCUAUCAGCUUCGCGAAGGAAACGGAAUCAUCGGCAUCAUCUUCACGUUUCUCCUCUACGCGGUCUUCACAGCUGUCGCUCUCUUGACCUUCUACUGCUACAUCACGCAAAUCCACCGAAACGGAAGCGUGCGAGACACCCACCGAAGACUCACCGCCGAUGAGCCUGACUUCUUUGUCCCCCUCGACAGCGAAGUGUCUUCUCGGUAUCUCAAGUGGAUCUGCUACACAGCUGCGCAGUUUCGUGGAGCCGAAGGCGAAACGCGCUCGAUUCAAGUGACCGAGUUCAUCGUGGAGCGGGACGACCGAGCGCCGGCGAAACGCCUCGCGCAUCUGGCCGACGUCGCUGAAGGCCAGCUGGAGGAGGACAGUCCUGACUUGGGUCUGGGAGGUAACCAGUCGAGACUGCGGAGCCUCUUUCGGUCGAAACGGACGGAUGCAACGACUUACAUCUGCAUCCACACGAUCAACCCAACCAAGGGCUCUCGCACGCUAUACAGACACUUCAUGAGGUACCCCGACGGAGCGAUUUGCGAGUUGAGUCCAAAAGAGCCUGCGAAGCUCCUCGCUGAGAAGAAGGCUCCAGCUACGGUCACCCAGCUCGUGUACUCGGCGGCUGACGGUCAGUUGGAGAAGACGGAAGAAGUCGCUGUGCAGCCUUGGAUUGAGGCGAGCUUUGGGGACGUGCACCCGCUCCUCUCCACAGAGAACCCGAAAACGAACGGAAAACUCUCCCCCGCGGACGGCGCCCUCGCAGCGCCUUCAAACGGAGGCGCUGCCUCGUCGCAUGCGGGCGAACCCGACUUUGAGUCGGAAGUUCUGGUGCCUGCGCUCCCUUCCGUCUCGCGAAACGCGUCGGAAUCGAGGGCCGAGACUGUGCUGUCUCCGCAGACACUGGGCGGGGAAGACGCGUUUGAGAGAGGGAGUGAAGAACAGCGAGACGAAGCAGAGAACGAAGGAAACGCGCAGAGUGAGCGAAGUUUCUCGGACGCGGAAGAGAGAGAGGGAGACGCGACCAACUUCGCCCUGGCGCUGGAUCCGCGGGGAGAUGCGGCGACGCCGCCGACCGCUGAGCUCGCAGAGGAAGACGCGCGGUCUGCCAGUGGACGAACAGAUAGCGUCAUCUCCUUCCACAGUGCCGAAUAA